CAUUGAACCCGAAAUUAGCAUGUAAAUGUAGUGGCGCAGCUCAUGUUAAUCAAAUCACGGAUUUAAUGAACACGAGCAGUUCAGUUAAGCGGAUCGACCCCUGGAGCGGCGUUUCAGUGCUUUGCGGGCUCUGGUCAGUGAAUCACGAUGCACCAUCCACCAUCCGGGGAAAUGGAGGAGUUCUUCGAGGAUAGCGAGUUAUUCGUGACGGGCGGAUCUGGAGUGGUGGGCAAGGCGCUGGUCGAGAAGCUCCUGCGCUCCUGCAACGUUCGCCGCAUCUACGUUCUGCUGCGUCCUCGCAAACAGCUGACAGCGGAGCAGAGACUCGUCCGACUGCGGCAGGCCACUGUCUUUCACGUGCUGGCCGCGCAAAAGCCCGAAGAGCUGGACAAGAUCGUGGCGGUCCCGGGCGACGUCUCUUUGCCGGGACUGGGCAUCGAUCCCUCGAUGAUGCAGCGUAUGAAAGGUGUUUCCCUGGUCUACCACUGUGCAGCCACGGUGCGAUUCGAUGAGCCGCUCCGCGAGGCCCUACGUCUGAAUGUCGGAGGCACCUUGGAGGCGCUCAAAUUCGCCGAGACUCUGCCCAAGCUGAGGGCCUUCGUCCACGUUUCCACAUUCUACAGUAAUCCCUAUUUGACGCGGGUGGAGCCCAAGUACUACUCCUCGCCGAUGGACUGGCGGUUGUGCCUUCGACUGAUCGACGAUGUCGCAGACGACGGGAUGCUCAACGCGUUAACAAGAAAGUUGAUCGUGGGCUUUCCCAACACGUAUACGUUUACCAAAAACCUGGCCGAAUCCCUGGUGAAUGACUACCGCCAUCGGCUGCCAGUAAUAGUGUAUCGUCCUUCCAUAGUUCUUUUUGCCGUGGACGACCCAUCGCCUGGAUUCUCGCCAUCCUUGAUGGGCGCCAUGGGACUGUUCGCGCUGGUCGGCGCUGGAAUCCUCAAGACUGUUUACCUGGGAAAGGACAUUCGACUGGACAUCACGCCGCAGGACAUUGGCAUCAAGAGCAUGCUGUGUUACACCAAAAUGGGCUACGAGAUUUACAGGCAGGGCCCACCGGCUGAUCUGCCAGUUUACCUGUCCUCGUCGUGCACCCACGUGCCGCACACCUUCACCCAGAUUGCCGAGCAGAUGGACACGCUGGACUUGUGGCGGGAUGUGGCAUUUGAAAAGAACCUGAUGAUCCCGGGCUGCCACUACACGGAUAGGCGGUGGGCCUACCAGUUUCUCGUCUUCACCAAGCAGAUCCUGCCGGCCCUUAUUCUCGAUCUGCUCCUAAGGAUCUUCGGUCGGAAGCCCGUGCUGAUGAGUGCGGUUCGCAAGGCCUACCAAACGCUGGAGGUGAUGCAGCCCUUCAUGUUCAACAACUGGGACAGUCCCGGUGUUACGGACAUGGAGUCGCUGUCCAAGCAGAGCGAGGGUUCUGCAUUCAACUUGGAUGCCUUCAACCAUCCGGACAUCCAUGGCCUGGUGAUUCAAUCCUGCGGCAGCAUGCUCUACAGUAUCCGAACGCACUUGCUACGCGAGGAUCCGAAGACUCUGGGGCGUUCCAAGAGAAUCUUAAGGAUCAAGGUGUUCCUCUACCGGCUGCUUCGCCUCUUUUUGCUCUACAAGCUGAUCCUCUGGCUUUGGAGAAGCUAUCUGGCGCAUCUCUUCUAGACUACAAUGUUUCCAUGCUACCUUUUUCCCUUUUUUUUAAAAAAUCUAAGUAGAAUUGAAUUUUAAGUCAGCUCAAAUAAAUCAAAUGUCAUUCUA